AUGACCAAGUUGCGAAAACAAGGUCAAGUGUUACGGCUGGGCGGAUGUGGCUAUAAAGUGCUAUCUCUUCUUGAGGGUCGAGCUCACGCUUACUUAUUUGCCAGUCCUGGCUGUAAGAAAUGGGACACCUGUGCUCCGGAGGCUUUGUUAAAAGCCUCCGGCGGCAGGCUAACCGACUUGACUGGUAAGCCAUACAGCUAUUUCUCAGAUGUGAAGCAUGGAAAUGAUUUAGGUGUGUUAGCCACUCCUUGUGCUUCUUGGCAUAACGCCUAUGUUGACUGCCUCCGCAAUUCCGGGAUUAUAGAUGAGCUGACUCAAAUUUGA